AUGAAGUCUUUCGCCCUCGCCGCCCUUCUGGCAUCUACUGCCAUGGCCCUGCCCGCCAACAUUGCUUCGGGCACCACUGGAACUCUGCCCUCGGAUCUUCCCUCAUGCCUGCCUUCCGGCGUUGUGCCAUCGGGAAUUCCUUCGCCCGUGGCAUCUCUCAUCCCUACCUGCUCCGACGCUCCGGCAUCUUCAUCUGCUCUGCCCAUUCCCACCGGUGCGACCCCCGAGCUGACCCAGGGCUCCGCCGGCCCCGGCCAGGUCCUGAGCAUCCUCAACCAGGCCGGAACCUCCGAUUUCAAGAUGAAGGCUGAAUCUGAGCUCGAGAAGAUCAUGAGCAAGCUGCCUACCCAUAUCCUCGAGAAGCCCGUCGGUAAGGUCAUCCAGACUGCCGACUCCGUCGACCUGCUUGAUCUCAACAACGGCUCCGGCCUUACCAAGGUUACCGCAGUCCUGGACAACGGCAAAGGUGUUCUGAUUGAGUUGACCGCCCCUGUUGUUGACCUGCUCCACAAACUCGGUCUCGGUGAAGUCGGUAACCUUGUCGGCUCCAUCGUUGGAGGUGUUGAGAACAUCCUUGGCAGCCUCAAGCGCUCCAACUCCCUCGAGAACGUCGUCUCCAUCACCGAUGUCAAUGGCCUUGCUGGCGGCAAGGACCUUGUUGUCCAGCUCGAUCACAGCGUUCUCGGUCUCCUCAGUGGUCUUGACCUAGCUACUCUCGAGGGCCCCAUCGGAAACAUCAUCGCCAAGGCCCCCUCCGUUUCCGAGCUCAAGUCCAAGAUUCCCAAAAUUCCCGGUGCUGACUUCAUCGCUGUCAACGCCGAGGACAAGGCUUCCGUCCUUCUUAUCAAGGUUGAUGGCGCUGUCCAGGGCCUCCUCUCUACCCUCGGUCUCGGCAGCCUUGGCGCCGCUGUUGGCUCCAUCGUCUCCGACGUUAAGGGUGCCCUCACCAACUAA